CCCUCACGCCGAGAGUAUCUGGUAGUCAUACGCUGGCCCGUUGCGAGCCCGCCGAUAUACCGCGCCUCUCUCGCUCGCUUCGCUCUCGCCACUCUGCACACGCUUUGCUCGCGUCGCGUCGCAUCUUGCGGAGAGCAACUGCGUGGCUGCGCUGACCCAGUUUCGGCCGGAAGUCGAGACAGCGCGGUGAUCGAGCGCCGCCGGAAACCCGGGGAGUAUACGCGCGAGAAUCGCGGGUGUCGCGGCCGAUCAGCGUCUCCGAGGAGCCUCCUGCAGGGCACAUGGUCGGUGUUUUGCCCCGCCGCCCUUCCGUGGCUCCCUCUCGGCCGUUCACGCGAGCGAGUACCCUUUGAACGCGCGAGUGCCCGUCGUCGUACAACCUGAACGUACGUGCAAUGACCGCGCGACGUGGGGACACGCGCCGCCGGUGCACCUAGACCACCGGGGUGCCACGUCGACGUCCGCCUCCAUCGGCGAUCGACGGCCGUCGAUAUAUCCCGAGGCUCCGAGACGAGCCAGCGAGGAGCAAGGCUCGCCAUACCCCGCGUCUACGAGGAAACGAUAAUCGAUACGAUGGAUACGUUCCUGAUAAUAGGCAUCUGCUUCCUCUGCUACGAGAUGUGCGACCUGAUCAGGCGUUACGCCGCGCCGCAAACAACCACGGAGCCCCGUCGGUCUCUGGAAACCGCCGCAGCGCCGACCUCGCAGCGCGUAUUCUCGAUCUCGCACAAGAUGCAGACCCGUCCAGCCUGUUGCCCCCAGUAAGAUCGCCCGUGCACGAUCGCCGAAACGGUAGCUGAUCUCGACAGACCGCCGGGUAUCCGUCACGUCGACGCUGGUGAUCUUUGAUAACGCCGAUCCGAUCGGGGGAUCUCCGGAGACGAAGCACCGGGCGAGAUUCGCCCUGGCCUGACAAAUGUACCGGACAUGAUGGAGCGCCGGAUCGAUAGGCAGUCGACGCGAACGCGCCGAUAGGAUCACCCACGCUGACCUUAUCGCGAUCGAUGCGAUUCCGAUCGACCAACGGACCGCGUACGGAACUUUCCAGCCACCCGAACCCUCCGCCGACCGAGACGUCAGGCUCUGUUUGCCGUUAAGAUGCGCGCUCGAGCCAAGUCGAGCGGAACACCGGGCGAACCUGGUCGUACCUGCACGCUGGAAACGUUCAAGCGUCGCUGUCGCGAGUGCCGUUGAAGCGGAGUUGAAGCGCUCCGAGAAGCCCUCCACGUGUCGACCAACACGCGCGAGUGAAGUUUUCACCGAACUGUUAUUCGUAGAAAAAAUGUAGCGUCCGAGCUACGAGAGCGCGAGGCGAAGAAAACUUCCGCGAAAAGGUCGCGGGCCUAACCCGCACGUGGCGUGUGUCUCACGGGUGGUACUUGUCCAUCGAGUGAACAUUGAAAUGCGCAGGAACUGCUCGCGCGUAAUUUCACGUACCCCUGCGAGUGUUACGAUCGGUCGUUGCUAGAUUUCUACGUUCGACGCGGUCGGUCGAGUCUUUGGAACUUGUUUCUCGCCAGAGAGCACAUCGGAGAUCACUUGGGUUCGAGAGAAAUGGAAUCUUUGGAGCGUUUGAUGAGCGCAGGAUCGCACCAGCCAGCCCUGACGGCCGCCACGCGAUCCCAGAACGCGUUCGUUCAGGCCAACCUUUGCUCCGUGAUCGGUCGGAAGGGUCGUCACCUGACCGGCACGUUCUGCUUGACAGGGGACACGAUGGAAGGCAUUAUACAGUGCCUCGUCUUCCUGAAAGCGUUUUCGCUGGUGGGCGGCGAAUUUGACAUGGAACUGAACUUCGUGAUUCAGGACGCACAGAACAUCAGGCACAUGUUGGAACUCCUCGAUCAUUGCCCGCCCAAUCUCCAGGCCGAAAUAUGGAGCGUCUUUAUCGCUAUUUUAAGGAAAAGCGUGAGGAAUUUGCAAGCAUGUACAGACGUAAGCCUCAUAGAACACGUGUUGCAUCGGUUGUCUCGCGCGGAAACUGUUGUCGCAGACUUGCUGAUCGACAUGCUCGGAGUGUUAGCCAGCUACAGCAUAACGGUGAAGGAAUUAAAACUUUUAUUCGGCGCUAUGAAAGCAGUAAAAGGAAAAUGGCCACGGCAUUCGGCAAAGCUGUUAAAUGUUCUCCGUCAAAUGCCGCAACGAAACGGACCUGACGUGUUUUUCAGUUUUCCCGGUAGGAAAGGAUCGGCAAUCGUCCUGCCUCCACUUGCGAGGUGGCCGCACGAGAAUGGGUUCACGUUCACCACGUGGUUUCGUUUGGACCCCAUCAACUCCGUUAAUAUCGAACGAGAAAAGCCGUACCUCUACUGUUUUAAAACUAGUAAGGGAGUAGGAUACUCUGCGCAUUUCGUAGGGAACUGCUUGGUCCUCACCUCUAUGAAAGUAAAGGGCAAGGGCUUCCAGCAUUGUGUCAAAUAUGAAUUUCAACCACGAAAGUGGUAUAUGAUCGCCGUAGUGUACAUAUAUAAUAGGUGGACGAAGAGCGAAAUUAAAUGUUUGGUCAACGGUCAAUUGGCAUCGAGCACAGAAAUGGCGUGGUUCGUUUCGACAAACGAUCCCUUUGACAAAUGUUACAUCGGAGCUACUCCGGAACUGGACGAAGAGCGUGUAUUUUGCGGACAAAUGAGUGCAAUAUAUCUGUUCAGCGAAGCUCUGACAACGCAUCAAAUAUGCGCUAUGCAUAGACUGGGGCCUGGAUAUAAGAGUCAGUUUCGUUUUGACAACGAGUGUUACCUGAAUCUGCCUGACAAUCACAAAAGGGUGAGUGAUGAGCCGGAGCUCACGAGCAUGGUGGACCAAAGUAUGCAAACUGUGCUUUACGAUGGUAAGCUGUCGAAUGCAAUCGUGUUCAUGUACAACCCGGUUGCAACGGAUUCUCAACUUUGCCUGCAAAGUGCACCGAAAGGCAACGUCUCCUAUUUUGUACAUACACCACACGCCCUUAUGCUACAGGAUGUAAAAGCUGUCAUCACGCAUUCCAUUCAUAGUACGUUGAAUUCGAUCGGUGGCAUUCAAGUAUUGUUCCCUUUGUUCUCGCAACUAGAUAUGCCUUACGAUUGCAUAGCACCUAACGAUGUUAAACGAGAUCCCACGUUAUGUUCGAAACUGUUGGGGUUUAUUUGCGACUUGGUGGAAAGUUCGCAAACCGUGCAGCAACAUAUGGUACAAAACAGAGGAUUUUUGGUAAUUAGCUACAUGCUGCAGAGAGCAAGCAGAGACCAUCUCACCACAGAGGUCCUUGCAUCCUUCUUGGAGCUCACGAAGCACUUGGUGACCUGCCUCAGCGCAAACAGCGAUUUAUUAUUAAAACAGUUGUUUUACUUUUCAUUCCUAACAUGGCAGCUAUUGGAUCACGUCCUUUUUAAUCCCGCUCUAUGGAUAUAUACGCCGGCGCCAGUACAGACCCGGCUUUAUUCGUACUUGGCCACAGAAUUUCUCAGUGACACGCAAAUAUAUUCUAAUGUAAGAAGAGUCUCCACAGUAUUACAAACAGUGCACACGCUUAAAUAUUAUUAUUGGGUCGCCAAUCCACGAGCCAAGAGUGGCAUAACUCCGAAAGGACUUGAUGGACCGCGACCUCAACAGAAGGAUAUUUUGACAAUACGCUCUUAUAUUUUGUUAUUUCUAAAACAACUGAUAAUGAUCGGGAACGGAGUGAAGGAUGACGAGUUGCAGAGCAUUUUGAACUACCUAACGACAAUACACGAGGACGAUAACCUACACGACGUUUUGCAAAUGCUUAUAUCGUUAAUGUCCGAACACCCAUCGUCCAUGGUGCCUGCCUUUGACGCGAAGCAGGGCGUUAGGACGAUCUUCAAACUGUUAGCCGCUGAGAGCCAGCUGAUACGUCUGCAGGCCCUGAAGCUAUUGGGAUUCUUCCUCAGCCGCAGUACACAUAAUUUAAAUUACAGACGAAAAUACGACGUUAUGAGUCCCCAUAAUCUGUACACGCUGCUGGCCGAAAGAUUACUGCUGAACGAGGAGACGCUGUCGCUGCCGACGUACAACGUUUUAUACGAGAUUAUGACGGAACAAAUUAGUCAGCAGAUCCUUUACGCCAGACACCCAGAACCAGAGUCCCAUUGUCGUCUAGAAAAUCCAAUGAUUCUGAAAGUGGUAGCGACGCUAAUUCGACAAUCAAAGCAGACGGAACAGCUGUUGGAAGUGAAGAAGCUAUUCCUCUCCGACAUGACGUUACUUUGCAACAACAAUCGAGAAAAUCGACGAACGGUUCUACAGAUGUCCGUGUGGCAGGAAUGGCUGAUAGCCAUGGCUUACAUUCAUCCGAAGAACACGGAGGAGCAAAAGAUCUCGGACAUGGUGUACUCGUUGUUUCGUAUGCUUCUGCAUCAUGCCAUUAAACACGAGUACGGCGGAUGGCGCGUGUGGGUGGACACUCUGGCCAUCGUCCAUUCCAAGGUAUCCUACGAGGAAUUCAAACUGCAGUUCGCUCAGAUGUACGAGCAUUACGAAAGGCAGAGAUCAGAUAACAUUACGGAUCCCGAGUUGAGACAGCAGAGGCCAAUCAGCACUAUCUCGGGUUGGGAUCAGCAACAUUCAGGGAAUAAUGGAUACACCAAACCGACCCCCUGGGGCAAUCAACAAAAUCACGACGCACAACACAUUGAGAGGAACUACAAGGAGUUCGACGCAUCCGAGGGAAACGACCGACUGGAGGAGUCCUGCAGCUGCGACUUGAACUCGAUAGACAACACCGAAAGCGACGGUAGCCCGGCGAUCGUCAAGUCGCACAGCGAAACGAUGGACACUCCCCAGUCGAGCGAGGUGAUAUCCCUGGAUUCCAGAUUGAGCGACAAACCCGAAACACCGACGACGGCGCGAGAGAUUCACACGGACACACCUACGAUCCUCGAGGAAGCUAACAGCGAAGCAGUAUCCAUACCAACGACACAGGAGACCAGCGAGGUGAUAUCGCUCGAGAGCUCGAGCGACUUGUACAGCGAGGUGCACAAGAUCGAGAGUUCCAGUCCUGACUCGAUGGUGGUGCAAGAGGUUCUGAAGAAAGAGGAGGAGUCGUUGGACCAGAAAUCGCAGGACCCCGUUCCCGAAUCCUCUCCCGCCAAACAAACGGAGAAAAGUACGCAAGCAGAAGACGUUGAACAGGAAGAGGAUACAGUACCCAAAGACGACACGAAUGUAUCAGACGCAGCUACUACGAUCGCUGAAGAACCGCAAGAAGAUACCGAGGCACCUUCCGCGGAAAGUGAGGAGACGAGCAAAGAGACAUCCGACGUGGCGGAUAACGUUGCUGCCGAUGACGAUGUUGCUUCUACCGCGGAGGAACCUUCCGAGAAAACAGAGAUAUCGGAGGAAACCCCAACGGAGAUCGUCGCCUCGAUAGAGCAAGUUGUUUCGGAGAACGUCACUUCCUCUAGCGAAACACCGGAGCCACCGAAUAUCAAAGACAUGGAGAAGCUACAAUUGGAGAACGACCGAGAGAUAAACGACAGCGACACCUCAGAAGCGUACUUAACACCUACGGAAAACCAAGAGAACCUGGGGGAUGCGAAGGACAAGAUUUUGGACGCGGAGAAAACAGAGGACAGUGUCGCGGAGGACAUUGUCGAGAGUACGGAGGAUGCGACUGCGAACGUUAAGACCAGCGAGAACGAUACCGAGGAAAACUUGAAGAAUCCCAAUUGCUCAACUAGCGUAAUAGAAAGUACCGAAGUCUGCGAGGAAAAGGUAGACGUAGAAGAGGAGAAAUCAGUAGUGACUAGUGAGUUAAGUAGUGACAAAUGCGCCGCGGACUCUGUAACGGAGGGCAAAAGUGCUGUUAUUAAUGAUAACGACGAGAAGGUAACUGAAAAACAUUCAAGGGAGCCGUCCACUAUUUCUACUAACGUAAGUGAUAAUACGUCAGACAACCCGGUGAGAACUGACGAGGUAGAAGUAACAGAUAGUGUUUGUAGUAAUAGCGAUAUACAAAGUUCUGUAGAUAAUGUGACGCAAGUGCCAAAUCCUAAGCAGCAAAUUCCAACAAUAUCUACGGUCUGUGAUGCAAAUAAAAAUAUGCCCGACGGUGUGCCUGAAAUCGUUAGUCCUACCGUGGUUGCGAGAGACAAUUCGUUAUUGAAUGACUUAACUCCAGAUCACGUAGAUACUCAUCGCAGAUCCAGCUUACCGGCUGUACCCUCCGAAGCGGCCACCGAUGAUAAUCUAAACAGUAACGAAUCUCCUUCUUUACCUGUACCCUUACGAAAAACAUCGUCACCCCAGAAACGACCAAGGAGUGCCUCAACAUCCACGCAAGUGGAUCCUAAUCAUUUCGAAUCAAAAAGAUCAAAGCAAGGUAAUCCUUCCACGAGACCAAUGUUUAGUCCGGGACCGACACGACCUCCUUUCAGAAUACCAGAGUUCAAGUGGUCCUACAUACAUCAGAGGUUACUCUCGGAUGUCCUCUUCUCGUUAGAGACUGACAUUCAAGUCUGGAGGAGCCAUUCAACGAAGUCGGUGUUGGAUUUUGUAAACAGCAGCGAAAACGCAAUUUUUGUUGUUAAUACCGUUCAUCUGAUUUCGCAACUGGCCGACAAUCUUAUAAUUGCCUGCGGAGGAUUGCUACCGCUUCUAGCAUCGGCAACCUCGCCAAAUAGCGAAUUGGAUGUAAUUGAACCGACUCAGGGGAUGCCAAUUGAGGUAGCGGUUUCUUUUCUGCAAAGACUAGUCAACAUGGCUGAUGUACUUAUCUUCGCCAGCUCAUUAAAUUUUGGCGAACUGGAGGCCGAGAAGAAUAUGUCUAGUGGCGGUAUUCUAAGGCAGUGUUUACGACUGGUCUGUACAUGUGCUGUUAGAAACUGCUUAGAGUGUAAAGAACGUGGCAGAUCGUACAGCAUGUUAGGUCGGCCGAUUGGUUCUAGUAAUAAAUCACAGCACAUACAGUCUCUCAUACGUGGAGCUCAAACAUCACCUAAGAACAUAGUGGACAAUCUGGCACAUCAAUUAAGUCCUGUAAAGGAUCCUGAGAAAUUAUUGCAAGACAUGGAUGUGAAUCGUUUAAGAGCUGUGAUAUACAGAGAUGUUGAAGAAACCAAGCAGGCCCAGUUUCUGUCCCUGGCUAUAGUUUACUUCAUCUCUGUACUAAUGGUAUCGAAAUAUCGUGAUAUAUUGGAACCACCAAUAUCUCAACGUCCUCCAAGUCCAGUUCAAACAAUUCAAACUAAUGGUGCUGGUCUCAGACCAGGCAGCCCUUCAGGAAGCGGAGGUAUCAUGAGCCAAGCUGGUUCUCAAGACGACGGUGAAUACGAGGUUAUAAUUGUCGAUGAAAACAAUUCAUCGAUCCUGGCGGAUCACGACGUUUCGUCGUCCGGGCCACCAUCGACGAAGGGAGGUCACAGUGGUGUACCUCGGCCACGGACAAUUCUCGAGGAUUACACCUCGUCAGAACCAACGCUUGGCUCUUCAAGACCCGAACCACUGCCACGAACUAUCCAGAGCAACGAUUCCAGCGAGGAAACGGUUCAUCGCAGCAUCACCGCGGACCCUAGUCCGUCCGAUAUCACCACCGACAAUGAGAACAAGCAUAACUCCUCCGAGGAGGCUUGGACCGACGUGAACCUGAACGAGGACGGGGACUCGAUCCCAAUUACGAAUCAAAGAGAAGACCCGCGAAACAUUCACAAUAUGGCCCAUACUCGCGGUGAAAUCCAAGACAGCGAAGGUAACGUUCUGGAGCAAGAGAUGCUGGGGAAUGCCGAGCGCGGCGAAAAACCGUCGGCGGAGAUUUCUGUGGUCCGCGUUCCGGACAGAUUGGUGGUGAGUUCCGCGUCCCCGAGGCCCGACGAAUUGCCGAUCAAAGGGCUCGUCGAUCACCUGCCGGUGCCGACGCCCUCGCGCGAGGCGUCCCUCACGCAGAAACUGGAAAUGGCGCUCGGCUCCGUUUGCCCGCUUCUGCGCGAGAUCAUGGUGGAUUUCGCCCCGUUCCUCUCGAAAACUCUCGUCGGCUCUCACGGCCAGGAGUUGCUGAUGGAAGGAAAAGGUCUGACCACAUUCAAGAACAGCAACUCCGUCGUGGAGUUGGUGAUGCUACUUUGUUCCCAAGAAUGGCAGAACUCCUUGCAGAAACACGCGGGCCUCGCUUUCAUCGAGCUCAUUAACGAAGGAAGGUUGCUGUCUCACGCGAUGAAGGAUCAUAUAGUCAGAGUCGCCAACGAGGCAGAAUUUAUAUUGAACCGAAUGAGAGCGGACGACGUGUUAAAGCACGCCGACUUCGAGUCACAGUGCGCGCAGACGUUGCUCGACCGACGGGAAGAGGAACGAAUGUGCGAUCAUUUGAUCACAGCUGCCCGAAGACGAGACAAUGUGAUUGCCAGCAGAUUACUGGAGAAAGUCCGAAACAUCCUGUCCAAUAAACAUGGCGCUUGGGGAUACAUGGAUCCAAUGGCUGCAAAAUUGGCCGAAUACUGGAAGCUAGAUGCUUGGGAGGAUGAUGCACGUAGACGUAAGCGUUUCGUGCACAAUCCACUAGGCUCGAGCCAUCCCGAGGCUACACUGAAGGCGGCUCUCGAGCACGGUGCACCCGAGGAUGCGAUUCUCCAAGCGCGUGAAGAGUUUCACGCGCAUCUCGCAGCCUCGCGUGCACAUCAGCAGCAAUUGCAGUCGGCGGAUCUCAUGGACGACAGUGAGCUGUUGUCGGACGACAGGGACCUCGACAACGACCUGACAGGCCCGGUGAACAUCAGCACGAAAGGGAAAUUGAUCGCGCCAGGUAUCGUGGCUCCCGGAAUUAUCUCCGUCACGUCCACGGAACUGUACUUCGAGGUGGACGAGGACGACCCAGAGUUCAAGAAGAUCGACACUGAGGUGCUGAAGUAUUGCGACCAUUUGCACGGAAAAUGGUACUUCUCGGAGGUCAGAGCGAUCUUCUCGCGCAGAUAUCUGCUCCAGAACGUGGCCAUCGAGAUCUUCCUGGCCAGCAGAACCUCGAUCCUGUUCGCGUUCCCGGACCAGGCGACGGUGAAAAAGGUGAUCAAGGCGCUACCGCGAGUCGGCGUGGGCAUCAAAUACGGGAUUCCGCAGACUAGGAGGGCGUCGAUGAUGUCGCCCCGACAGCUGAUGAGAAGCUCCAACAUGACGCAGAAGUGGCAGCGCAGAGAAAUAUCGAAUUUCGAAUAUCUGAUGUUCUUGAACACGAUUGCAGGUCGAACGUACAACGACUUGAACCAGUACCCCGUGUUCCCAUGGGUGUUGACUAACUACGAGACGAAGGAGCUGGAUCUCAGUUUGCCCAGCAACUAUCGUGACUUGUCCAAGCCGAUCGGAGCGUUGAAUCCGAGCAGAAGGGCUUACUUCGAGGAACGCUUUCAAGGCUGGGAGCACGACAGCAUACCGCCCUUCCACUAUGGCACACACUAUUCCACGGCUGCUUUUGUCUUGAACUGGAUGAUACGAGUGGAGCCGAUGACGACCAUGUUCCUGGCCCUCCAAGGCGGCAAGUUCGAUCAUCCGAAUCGGUUGUUCUCCUCGAUCGCGCUAUCCUGGAAGAAUUGCCAACGGGACACUUCCGACGUGAAGGAGCUCAUUCCCGAGUUCUUUUUCUUACCGGAAAUGCUGGUAAACAGCAAUCGGUAUCGCUUGGGUAGGCAGGAAGACGGUAGUUCGGUUGGGGACGUUGAAUUACCUCCAUGGGCAUCAUCUCCCGAGGAAUUCAUCAGAAUUAAUCGAAUGGCCCUCGAGUCGGAAUUCGUGUCCUGUCAAUUACAUCAGUGGAUCGACUUGAUAUUCGGUUACAAGCAGAAAGGUCCGGAAGCUGUUCGCGCAACAAACGUUUUCUACUAUUUAACGUACGAGGGCAGCGUAGACCUGGAUACCAUAGCAGACUCACUGAUGAGGGAAGCCAUAGAAAACCAAAUACGAAACUUUGGUCAAACGCCGUCGCAGCUGCUGAUGGAACCCCAUCCGCCACGUAGCUCGGCGAUGCAUUUGUCACCGAUGAUGUUCUCGAGCAUCCCGGACGAUGUGUGCAUGACCAUUAAGUUCCCAUCGAAUUCACCUAUCUGCCACAUCUCGGCCAAUACGUAUCCCCAGCUCCCGUUGCCGUCCGUUGUCACGGUCACUACUGGCCAGCAGUUCGCCGUCAACAGAUGGAACACCAACUACGCCGCAUCCGUGCAGUCGCCAAGCUACGCGGACACUCCGCAAGCCCAAGCAGCGAACCAACCGCUGUCAAUGGAUCCUGUUCUCUCGCAAGCAGCCAAUAGCUCUAAUCCAGCUUUGCGCCGACACUUGGGCGACAACUUCAGCCAGAAACUGAAGAUCCGAAGUAAUUGCUUCGUCACCACGGUGGACAGUCGAUUCCUGGUCGCUUGCGGCUUCUGGGACAACAGUUUCCGCGUGUUCUCCACCGAAACUGCCAAGAUCGUGCAAAUAGUGUUUGGCCACUAUGGAGUCGUCACGUGCUUGUCGCGCAGUGAAUGCAACAUCACUUCCGAUUGCUACAUAGCAUCCGGAAGCGCAGAUUGCACCGUUUUGUUGUGGCAUUGGAACGCCAGAACGCAGACAAUCGUCGGCGAAGGCGAGGCUCCAGCACCCAGAGCGACUUUAACCGGACACGAGCAGCCAGUGACGGCUGUCGUUAUAUCCGCCGAAUUGGGCUUGGUUGUUUCCGGUUCUUACUAUGGACCCGUUUUAGUGCACGCGACUUUUGGCGAUCUUUUGAGGUCGUUGGAGGCCCCGAAUGGAUUCUCUUCGCCCGAAAACAUCGCCAUGUCGCGAGAAGGCGUCAUCGUGGUGAAUUACGAACGUGGACACAUAGCAGCGUUUACUAUAAACGGGAAACGUCUUCGUCACGAAUCUCACAACGAUAAUCUUCAGUGUCUGCUUCUCAGUAGAGACGGCGAAUAUUUAAUGACAGGUGGAGACAAACGGAUCGUGGAAGUAUGGAGGACUUUCAACCUCGCUCUCCUCUAUGCAUUCCCAGCUUGUGAAAGCAGUGUGCGUUCUCUGGCGCUCUCCCACGACCAAAAGUUUCUACUGGCCGGUCUGGCCAACGGGUCGAUCGUGAUCUUCCACAUCGACUUCAAUCGGUGGCAUCACGAGUUCCAGCAACGUUACUGAGAUUGCUUCGCGUACGUCUAGCAGAAUCGUACUCACACGAGCACGCCUCAGCUGUUGUCUGACAUUUUUGCACAACACCGACGGAUUUCUCCCAAACCAUGGAUGCGUCGCAACGGUGACAGUCACAGAACAAUCUGACCGCAAGAAACCACGUGUACGACUCGGCUGCAACAGACCCCACUGACGAUUCCACGAACAGGUGUAGAAACUUAUCGCGCGAUAACGAGAGGGAAUCGGACGAUAUGUAUGCAGAUAGGAGCAACUGAGCAACGACGCUUUCGUAACCGUUUAUUACAAUCAGAUAGAGGGCCGCUGAGCGUAGUCGCCGAGCAGCAGGUAUUCACGAUAUUCAGCGUUUAGCAAUAAUUCGCUUUCGCGACUCUUAACAAUUCAGACAGUGCUUCCGUGACGCGCGCGCGAAUCGACGCGCAAGCGAACAGUAGAACGAAGCUUCGAGGGUGGCCCAAGCCGGUCCCAGAGCCUUCGAGCGUUUGGCUCUCGGGAUCGAGCUCGGACGAGUGAAAAUUUCGAACGGAGAGAGAAACCUACGCACGUGUCUCUCAAACGCUAGUCAAUUACGGAGACUCGGAUCUAUUUCUACGCUUGCGAGACGUUCGAUGGCCGAUUUACAGAGACGCCCCCCAACGACAGAGUCGCGGAGAGCACGGCUCGCGACGAGCAAUUCGCGAGCAGAGUCCCUUGCAAGGCGAACGACGCGUUCGUAUUUCCCGCCUCGAGCUGCGCGGGUUAGGCCAACCGACACCUCUAACGCUAGUAACGUCCCGUUGUAAAUACGAUAAUCUCUGCGACGUAUAAAAUAUACAUAAUAUGUAUGGAUAAUUCCGUACUUAGGGUGGCGAGCGAAUGAGCGAAAGACAGGGGAAAGAAACGCGUACCGUUUAGACAGAGAAAUUGUUUCCAUUGUAUUCCGCGCCGAUGUCGUAAUUACCGCUCGUGAUACAGACACACUUUUUGGCUAAGCACUUAGUGAAUUCAGUUUACGGAUAUGUAUAGAGGCGAAACACCCCGCGAGAGCUACACCCGGUACGCGAGCAAUCGGACGCGGAUCACCCGUACACGUAAUUUAUAGGCGUAAAAUAAAAAACACGUACAGGUCUGCACAAGAAGCACUUCCGCCUAGGGGCGAUCGACGCUUUUUCCCGCGAGGCCGCGUACGCUGGAUCGCCCCCGUCUUGAGACACACGCCACCGUUCAUCACAAUCAUGAUCCACCACCAGCCCUGCAACACUUCCUAUUCCCCGACGUUCACGUCCUUCGAAAGAGAUCCUAAUUUUUAUCAAAGCCGUCCAGCUUAACUUUUGCGAGGAUAUUUCUUGAUAUUUUCGCACGCGAGGUAUAAUUAAUCAGCAAGACAAAACGUUAUAUAGGCUUAAAAAAAAAAACGAGGAAUCACAUCCCGAGUUCACGUUGUUCGUGUGUGAGCGUGUCGUCCUUACGACGAUUCGAAUGGGACUGGUGUAGGCGUUAGGUUUGAGGAGAGUCACGCGAGAGAAGGAAAAGGUCCGAUAAAUUAGAUAUUCGAGACUUUCACGACCCGGGAUCAUACAGUCGACACUGUUCGAAGCUUUGGAUUCCUACGUUGUCUGGCUUUGGACAAGCGUUCCGACGUUUCGCUCCUUGGUAGACACGUUAACCACUUUAGGGAUGAAUUGUUUGUCCUUUAAACCCACUUGUCUCUUUGUCCAAAGUUACGAUUUACAACUAGAAUAACCUGCUUCGAGUUAACGUGUUCAUUGUCUCCGAAAAAUGAAACUUCUCAAUGAAAAUUAAUCAUUAUCUGACUACACCAUUGCUGUGCAUAGUGUUUCCAAACAGUUUGGCCAGACUUUGUCCAUGAAAUGUCGGUGAACGCUUGUCCAAAAGGGUGCAACUUAUCCCCGAAAGCUUCGAACAGUGCCGCUAGAUAAAUAGUUCGAGAUGCAGGGAAAAUAGAACGUUUUGGAAGCAAGGCGAGGUACAGGAAUAGUGUCUAUUCGCCAUUUCGCCGCAGAACGAACGAUCAACGCUCGUUCUGCGGUGAAAAUGGCGGUCGUAGAUAGCGUAAUCACGUCAUAAGAGAUGCGUGUGCAUAGUUUUGGUUAUUUGCACUCGCGAUUCGAUUGGCAUAGCAUGUACACGCAGUCGUUGCGUUUCACUUAACCGGGUAGCAAAUAGCGAUUUCUUCUGUCCGAUUACGAGAGCCGAUUGGUUUCACACGCACGCGCUUAGCCGUCGUAGAUCUCGAUGUGUUUCCUUUCGUGACGAUCAGUGACGUUUCGCAAAGUCGGAAAGUUUUCGUGCUAAUGAGAAACAAAAUAAUGGAGGACAAAGGGAGCGAGGGCGCGAAAUGGGGAGAGCGUGAAAGGGACGCAGAGUAAAUGAGAAUAAUCGAAGCGAGCGUUUAUGGCCGCCGUCGGUGGUCGUCGCGAUGCGUUUUCUUUGCGUCGAUCGCUAAUUCAAUUCGAUUCCACGAUUACAUUUCGAGAAAGGUAUAGUCUUCGGCCAUGUAUAGGGUAAAUUCUAUUUGUACUAUCCUUUUGUUGCUUUUGCAAUUUUUCGUUAGAUUUCUUUAACUCUAACUCUAUGCGUGUUUGUAAAAUAGGUUUGACGCGAGUUUUAAACUAAGUGCAUUUGUUUAGAAAGCUUUUUAAAGAGACGACGCCUUUCUGCUGAUAGGAAUCGUCAGAUUUUUUUGAUAGUCCUUUAGAAAGAAGUAGCGAUGGUGGCACAUUCUGUUUCAUAUUUUCUAUAGUCGUAUCAGCUUAAUGUUUUGACCCUGUCAUACAUUUUCGUGAGAUGAAAUCAUUUCAUCAAUGAUUGUUUCAGUUGUAUUUGUCGUAGCAGUAGAUUGUAGAUUACUUUGUUUUAAUGUUGAGUGUGAAAAAUUUAUAUAAAUCUGUUGGAUCCAAAUAUAUGGCCGACAGAGUACUUAAAAUUCAAAUUCAAACGCAAGUAGAGUUUGUGAAGGUCCAUCGACCGACACGGAUCGUUUCAAAAUUCUGGUCCACGAAAAAGGACACCGCGAACUUCUCAGGACGUAUCUAGUCAUGACUCGCGCGAAGGAUCGUCGCGAAUCACCGGCGGUCUCAAUUCCUUAGAUGUCGAAUUACACUUAAAUCCAUAUACGAUAAUGGUCUACGUGGUAGAUAUAAAAAUAAGAUGCAUGGUGCCGUCGUUCUAGCGAUCAAUCCACUUUUGAGCUUGCGGAGAUCACGAUAAUGUAACUGUAAUCGUUAUAAUUAGCCAAACGCAAAUCUUAUUGUGCAACAGUUCUCCUCCGAUCGAUCGAUCGGCGGAUCGGAUCGCUCGUUAUCGUACAAUUUAUACGCGCGUAGGACGAUGUUACGUGUGCGACAAACGUGUUAAGAAGAAAAAGAAGUAGAAAAAAUUACGAAAAAAUGAAAAAACACAAUGGUGUAUUACCGCUACUCGUUAAUGGGCGUGCUUAUGCAUGAUUGUUCAUAUUGUUCCGUUCGCGAAUCGAGAGAAGAAGCAAACGAGCGUGAGUGAGGAAGCUCGACAGCGGCAAACAGGGACGGGACUAAUAUCAUUACGCAUUGACGGCGUUCGAGCAAUUCGAUGUCGAUGUACUUAAGGGCAAUUAUCCAAAAAUGUCGAAUUCUCGGCCGGUCGGUGAAAAUUUUCGAUUCAAUUACUCGUGGAAUGAACGCUCGAUCGAUAUUAAUAGCGUGUAAGCCAAGUAGUUGUUGAAAAUAUAAACGUACGACAGGUAAGAAACGAAUACUAUAUUGCUACGAAGAAAGCAGCGCGAGCAAGCAAAUAGAACUUACAAGUACAGUAUUGUCUCUGAGGUUCUCACAGGCUCGGGACCGAAUUGUGACAAUAUGCGAGGGAGAUAGAUCAAAUUAGUCAAUGUUAUCUCUCCAGCUAGCUCGACUUUGUAUGCGUUUAGAACGAAUGUGUGGGAUGAAUGUAAUACAGUUUAUAGAGGCGGAGAUAACUCUGUGACAACCUGGGAGAUAGUACCGUAAUUAUAAAUUGUUUGCGUCUCUUUGUAACUGCUUGUUUCUUAUCGAUUGUUACUUCGUUUCUUGCCGUUUGCACGUUUGGCAUUCGGUUCGUUCGAUAUUAAAUUUGUACUUAACGCGUAUCGUAUAAAAUGAUGCUUUGUUAUACGGUAUCGGUGUGGUAUUAGUUCCAUCGCUUGCGACGAGAAAAAUGUCGCGAGAUCGAGCUGGAGCGUGUGUGGAAGAGAGUAAUCGUGCACGCUUGCGGUGUAUGCGUGAGGAAGAGGAUCGUGCCUGGUGCUUCGGAUAAAUGUUAAUUUCUCGCGUGUUCAACUGUUCACUUAUCCGUACUUAUAUGUACAGACGCGUACUGUCGACACCUUAUUUUCGCUACGAUGUAAGAGAGAGAGAGGAGGGCCGCGGAAAACGGCGAAGAGAUGACGAAGAAAAAACGAAACAAAUUGUGGCACGUUCGACGUUCAGCCCGCGUUUCCUGUAUUCUGGCGACUUGCGUCGCGUUUCCUCGCGAGCGAACGCGAAGCUUCGAACGCGUUCACCAGCGUGCAAAUCGCUCGGCGACGAAACGCGCGCGAGAAAUUCGAAUGUGCGCGCGCGAUUCAAAGACUGCGUGAACGAAGAGACGACCCAGAAGAGUGAAACGCGUGCGCGCAGGAAUCGACGCCAGCGCAACGCGCGCGAAACGGAACGCGAAAUAAAAGAGAGAAAACACGAGAAAAAAAAAUAGAAAACCCAAGCGAAAAAGCGAAAAAUAUUACAAAAAAAAAAAAAAACAAAAACAAAAGGAGUUUUUAUAUUUGUUUAUAGGUGUGUGAGAACGCUGCACUUCUCGAGCAAGUUGUUAGUGAAUUCCCUCCAUAUUGCUAUUAUAUAUAAAGGAAGUUAAAAGGAUAAAGAAAAAAAAAAAAUAAGUCGAUUUCUGUCCGUAACUCGAAUUCGGUACACACACGUUAAGGGUUAAACGCUACUAUUUUAAAUAACGCUAAGUACAACGCUACAAACAAAGGUUUGCCUAUAAUUAUCAAUUAACAAACUACACUUUAUUCUCAUUAUUAUUAACAUUAAUUAUUAUUCUCAAUUGCUAUUAAUUACGAGUAUAAUUGUUAGUGUUCUUAUCACACGUUUGUGGUGUUACAUUCGAUACGUAUGUACUUAACUAUUAAUAACGAUGAAUCGCUGAACGCUAGUGUACACACGGAGAUAUUUGUAUAUUCGAGGAACGUUAAAGGUUCCGGUGCGGACGGUUUCCCGUGUCGAGCCGACCGUUUGCGUUGUUCGCGUUAUUUGCAACUGACGAGGCACGAUGCAGGAUAAUGUGUGUUGCAAAGAGACAAACGGACAGACGGACGACGAAAGGCGAAAAGAAAAGAAUCGAUGGGUUCGUUUAGAUUACGGAGCUGUCCGUAGAACGUACUUAAGUGUAGAUUAAUCGAACGUUCCGCGUUUCUAAGCGUAAUCACGGGGCGGAUGAGAGGGGGACGCGCGCAAAAUGUCGCGGGAAUAACACUUACUCGGACGCUUAGUCGUUAGAUUCGUAACUCGUUCAGUAUUUAAUAGCGCGGCGGGUCAAGGGGAUCGCGAUCGCUGGAAUCGAGUCGAAAUCAAAACGCCACAGAUCGCCAGAGAUCGUCGCGAGUCCGAAGAGUUCUUUCGAUCGCGCGCCCUUCGUCCGCGCAGCGCCAAGUAAUUUUCCAAUCAAUCGAUAAAAGUCAAUAUACACGCGAUAUCAUAGAGGAAACCGAGCUAAACAAGGUGGCAAGAAAAAAAAAAGAAGAAAAACGAACACAGAGAAAUAGUAAGAGAAAAAAAACAAAGUAGCGAGAAAUCGUAGUGCCGCGCGAUCGUAACGCGAGAUUUCAUCGAGAUUCAUCCGCGUCAAGUAGCGUUUUAUAAUCGUGAUCCCGUUUCUUAUUGAUAAGCGAUAAACGAUAAACAUUGUACAGCAUCACGUAAUGCUACAACGCAAAAAAACUGAGCCAUCCGCUCUGGAUUAAGCUUAAGCCCAUCCGGUACCGCGAGACUUAUUAAUCGCUGCAGUUGCAUUUAUUCAAAGACUGAACAUCGUUCCCGCGGCAAACGUAAUUAAUAUUUCGAACAAUUUCACCCGCCCACCGUUAACACGCCGCGUCACGAUCGUUAAUUUCGAGCCAGCGCCUGGAACGCGUAAUUACAAAUUUUCCGAUUAGCCAGAGAGCGAGAAAGAAAAAAAACAGAAACGACGUUAAUGAUUGAAAAGAAACCGAGUAAAUUGCGUGACGCGAGGACACGCGCAGCGCGAGGAACAUCAAUAUGGCCUAACUUUUUCACGAUUCACGGCACGAUGUAGAUGGGGUGCAGACGAGAACCGGUAGGAGAGAAAACAGGAUCGAUGUUCGAUCGACGAACAAAUGACUGCAAUCAAUUAAUCUUCUAAAGAAACCUCGAUGCUUGUCUGAUAUGAUUUUUCUCCGAUACGUAAAUGAAAUAAAAUGAAUAAGCCAAAUUCGUAACCGCGACACCCACGUCGAUCAGUCUCUUCGUCGACGACACGGACGACGCAGGUUUAUUCCCGGCAUCUUUUAA